AAAUCUAUAGGCUAAGCAGGGUUGUGGUUUGCCAAUGUUUAUGUGCAUCGUACUUCUGUAGCUGUCUUCAGGAUGCGCUGCCUGGUUUGAUCAUAAGAGAAAAAGAACUCAACCUUGAUGGUGUUUGCAGGAUAAGAUCACCUGCAAGUGAGAGGAGUGAUGGAGAACAGGCAUCUGCGUGAUGUCACGAUGUUUUGAUUGUUGUAAUUCAGAUGAUUGAUUGAACCUGUCUCGAGGCUUUCCAAUGAUGAAUUCAGUCAUCAGCAGGAUGGGGGAAGAAAUGAAAUUUAUUGGCGUAUUUGUUUUUCUAAAGAAAGAACAGGUGUGCCCUGAUAAUCUACUUUAAUGCAACUGGUAAUUAUCUGUGGACAGUGUUGUUUUGCAUGCACGACAUGCUUUCUUUGUUGAAGCUUGGAUGGGCGUUUGAUGGAGAAGACAACAUUAGAUUACUCCUCACAGGGACUCAGCUUUUGUAUGAGCUUGUUCUAUAGAUUACUGCCAUAAACAAUUUGCGUAGGUCAGAGGGCAAAUGACGACGGCCAUGGCGCCAUGGGGAUUCCAGUCCAUGUCCUCCCUCGUUGACCUUGCUCAAGCGGGAUUUCAACUUCUCACCCAGGGGAUAUAUGACACAGGGGAGGAGGAGCGGUGGUGGUCCAUUGGGGAAUGGAGCAGAGCAAGAGGAACGCGGGGUUGGAGAUGAGGAAGGGUGAAGGGGAAGAAGAUGGGAGACGGGGAUGGUCGGAUGUGAGGCUGGCAAUGGAGGAACUCUCCUUGUUCAAGACCGAGGAGAAGAAGGUGUCCACCUUGGCCUUGCUUGGUGCCUCCAAUCUGCUCCUCCAUGUCCUUGAUAAGAUUGGACCAACACUUCUGGUGCUAAGGCAAGACAUACAACAAAAUAUCGAGAGGGUGGAAGAAAUGUACAUGUUAAAUCCAAAUCUAUAUUCAAGUUUGGUAGAGAUGGUGAAGAAAGAGGUGGACCAAAGGAGUUCAAGAAACAAGGACAGCUGUUCCAGAGCUAUAUUAUGGCUUGCUAGGUCGAUAACUUUCAGUGUAACUUUGUUCCAAGAGUUAGAUAAAAACCCUGAGUGGAGCCUUGCACAAGUGGUGGAAGAAACAUACACGGAUACGCUGAAGCCAUGGCAUGGUUGGGUUGCCUCAACUGCUUACAAGGUAGCUAUCAAGCUGGUUCCAGAGAGAGAGAUCUUCAUCGGAUUGCUGAUGGGCCAAGAGCAAGAUUAUGAUGCCCUGAAAGAAGACAUCAAGAUUUAUGUCUCAGCAAUCCAUCCUCUAUUAGAUGAAACCUAUGCCCUUUUGAGGACACACAAGUUGGAUACAUUGAAGUCUCCCUAAUCAUUGAUGUGCAUUUAUGUAUAUGAUGUAAGAACAAACUGUAAAAUACUACUCACACUGUACAUUAUCACUUGCUUAAAAAGAAUGUAAUCUGAUCUCUUCUCACUCA